GUACCGGUACAAAUGGAGUUGUUGCCUUUGGAUAUGUCAAAGGUUGUUCGUGAUGAUGAAAAGUUGUCUGAAAAGCAAGAGGGUAUAAAAGUCACUGAAGACAGCUCUAUGAUUAAUGCAGAGCUGGGUAGUGGUAUUGUAACUACCAGUACUAGAGAAAAGAGAAAACACUCUGAAGAGAGUGAUUAUAUUAAUGAGGUGCCUAUCCCUCAAAAACGAGCGUGUAUGGGUAUUAAACAUGACCAUACAUAUUCUGUCAGUUCUCAUUGUAGAUUGAAACAGAAGGCCGAUAAUCUGUUAGAUAAAGCAAAAAGUCUGAAGAGGAGAUUGAAAACAUCUCAUAUGAAAAGCAACAGGAUAAAAAGAAAGGUGAAUUCUUUGACUUCAGUUGUAAGUGAGCUAAAGAAAGAGAAACUGGUGAGUAAUGAUUGUGCCAGUAUCCUGGAGACAACUUUUUCAGGGGUUCUUAAGGAACUUAUGAAAAGGUUGGUGACACAGAAGAAAAAGAAAAAUCCAGGUGCGUAUCCAGAGGAAUUACGAACAUUCGCUAUGACCCUGAAGUUUUACUCUGCAAAGGCAUAUAAAUAUGUUAGAAAGAGUUUUGAUUUAGGGUUACCACAUCCGUCAGUGAUCAGCAGCUGCUACACUGCUAUGGAUGGGGAACCUGGUUUUACCAAGGAAGCAUUGACAGCAUUGAAAGCAAAAGUCCUGGCUGGAAAAUGA